AUGUCAAUUUUUAAGUCAGAUGAAGCGAUUAGACGACUGACGAACGAUGAAUAUCCUUUGUUAGUCCAACUCAGUUGGAUUAAAUUAGGUCGAGAAGGAACGUUUGUUUUAAAGCUGGAACCUAACAGUGGACAUAUUCAGAAAAAUGUUUCAGAAAUUCAAAAUGGAACAAAUUUACUUAAUGAUCCAAAUAAUAAUAGUAAUGUUUGUGGAUCAGUAAUCAACUCUAAAACUCGUCUAUUUCCACGUCUCUGGUCUUUUCGACGUGAAAAGAUCACUUCACCUAUGACUGUAAAAACGGAUGAAAGACGUAAACAACCAUUAGGUUGUGCAGCAGGUGUAGGAUUGUCGAAAACUUCUCGUUCCAUUUUUAAUACUGAAAAUUCAUUGAUAUGUUUACUAGGAUCAAUUAAACAUCAUGGAAGUGGCGAUAAUAUUAUCCAUCGUAAUAAUAACAAUAAAAAUUCAAUUUCACCGAAUCCUGACACUCUACCAAAUUCAUCAUUUACACGUACAAUAUCGGAUCCGGAGACAGCGAUGCAACAAAAACGUCAACGUACAUUAGAAGCUAAAUUUAUGCAAAUGUUACAUCAUGAUAAUAUUGGAUCAGGUACGUUUGAGAAGUAG